AUGGCAAGAUUACUUUCUAAAGAAGUAGCUGUCACUGUCUCCGGAGAUGCUAGGGUCAAAACAAUUGGUGAUUCCGCACUUCUAUCCGCAAUUCAGAAGAGAGACAUUGAGAUGCUACAGUUUUUGAUUGAAGCUGGUGCAAACGUUAAUGUUUACACGGAUGAGGGGUGGUGGGCAGACCCUUGGACUAUAACUAGGCGUAAAUGGGACAGUGUCUUAAAUGAAGAAGGCUGGGGUAAGGUGACUGCACUGAGCCUUGCAGUAGCUAGCAGCCAGACGGACUUGCUGCGCAUCCUCCUGGAAGGCAACGCAGAUGUUCAUGUUCAAACAUUGUGUCGGACUGAAUAUUUCCCGACACAAUAUCCUGCGGAGGAGUACUGGUCUAAAGUAGAGGAGACAUUCGUAGGGACGGCACUCCAAGCAGCUGCAGCAAGAGGUAGCACAGAGAUGGUGCGGAUGUUGCUCGAGAAAGGGUCCAACAUCAACGAAGCACUACAAGGUCAAAAUGGAAGAACAGCGCUUCAAGCAGCAGUGGGAGGAGGCUAUGUCGACACAGCAAGUUUUCUUCUUGAGCAUGGUGCAGAUGCGAACGCCUCUGCGACGAACAGCGAGCCUGCUCGAACAGCUUUAUUGACAGCGACGGAGAGUAAGAAUCUCGCUCUGGUCGAACUCUUACUCGAUUUUCACGCAGAUAUGAGCGCCCUAGCCUGGCAUCCUGAUGCUGAAACCCUGAUGAGCGUGAUUGAAGCAGCAAGAGCACAGAGAAGUCGCUCAGAUGUUGUUCGGAUCCUCGACUAUGAAGGUGCAGAUGCUGCAAAAGAUGCUGCUGGCUUCAAAAAAGCUCAACUAUGUCAUGCGAUCCAAAGAGGCGAUAUUGAAGCAGUGUACCAUCUCGUUGAUUCAGGAGCAUGCAUUGACGCCAAACCAGUCGAGGAGGUUUGCUGGCUCGAAAUGCCUGGAGAUGACGACUUAAUGGAAAAUAAAUUUGAUGAGAACUGGAAUCGAAAAUUAAAAAGAAGGGAAUUACGUUCAUCAUCCCGGAGGGCUACAAUGCUGCACAUGGCAAUCACCUCAGAAGCAGCAGUCGACCCAUUGAUAUUCAUCUAUGUGUACCAAAAAAUCGACCACACGAGAGAACACCACAUGAAUGAGAAUCUGGAACCAUUUCUUCCUUCUGCCGUAAAGUGGAGACGAUUUGAAUUGGUGGACUUCUUGCUCAAAUCUGAUGUUGAUGUUGAUAUCGUUGAUACACCAUGGGGGAGGCCUCAGAAACUUACUGCCUUGAGUUCAGCAGCAAGAUCCGAUGAUAUUGAAAUGGCGUCGAUCCUUCUAGAAAGAGGUGCAAAUAUCAACUCUAUCGCUCUUGAAUCAUCUCUGAUGCUGAAUCACUUGCCCGCCACGAGUCAAAGAUUCAAGGUUGCCAAACUUCUUCUGAGCCGGGGCGCACUUGUGAAUAGGCCACUGAAUAAGUCGGAAGAUACACCAUUGCAAAUCGCUGCUGGGUAA